AUGUCUGAGCAAGUUUCGGGGCAUGUUAAGUUACCAUCCAGCAUCAACGCAGCUGAGGUAUUUGAAGAGCCGCUCACCAAAUCGUCUUCCACUACUGAUAGAGUCAACGGCGUCCACGAUGUCAACGGCGCAAAGGCCGCCAUUACCAAUGGAGCUAGUACCUGGCUUCAACUCAAUCAUGUCGCGUCUAGUGUCCAUCAACCGACAUCAGGAGCAAAGAAGCUUCGCAAGAUGCUCUUUGAGACCAAUGAGUUGAUUGUAUGUCCUGGCGUAUACGAUGGCUUAUCCGCAAGGACGGCUAUUGAGCUUGGCUUUAACGCCAUGUAUAUGACCGGAGCCGGCACGACCGCAUCCCGACUCGGACAACCUGAUUUGGCCAUUGCUCAACUCCACGAGAUGCGGGAGAACGCCGAAAUGAUUGCCAACCUUGACCCAUUUGGCCCACCUCUGAUCGCUGAUAUGGACACAGGAUAUGGAGGUCCUAUCAUGGCAGCACGGACAGUCGAGCAAUAUAUUCGGGCUGGCGUAGCAGGUGCUCAUCUGGAAGACCAGGUGUUGAUGAAGCGCUGCGGUCACCUGAGCGGGAAGAAGGUUGUCCCGCGUGAAGAAUACCUUGCUCGUAUCCGUGCAGCGCACGCAGCCCGCGUCCGACUGCAGUCCGAGUUCGUGCUUAUCGCACGAACCGAUGCACUUCAGUCGCUGGGCUACGACGAGUGCAUCUCGAGGCUGCGGGCGGCUCGGGAAGAAGGUGCGGACGUUGGUCUCCUCGAGGGAUUCACCUCCAAGGAGCAGGCAGCACAAGCCGUCAAGGACUUGGCACCUUGGCCCCUACUGCUCAACUCUGUGGAGAAUGGCAAGAGCCCUACCAUAACCGUGGACGAAGCGCGGGACAUGGGGUUCAGAAUCAUCAUUUUCAGUUUUGCAACACUGGCUCCUGCCUAUAUCGCCAUUCGCGACACGCUUCUUCGAUUGAAGACCCAGGGUGUUGUAGGGACACCCGAGAAUAUCACACCAGUCAAACUCUUUGAGGUCUGUGGGCUCAAGCACAGUAUGGCUGUUGAUAUGAACGCAGGGGGUGCUUCGUUUGCUGAGGGAGUUUAA